GAAAAGGAUAGUUACCAAGGCGCUGCCAUCAAGACAGCAGAUUCACUUUUAUCUGACCUGAAAAGCAAAGUUAUGGAUGACCUGGACUUUCACAUAAUUUGCAACUUUGUAUUAUUGGCCAAAAGGACUAAAAAUGAAGCGGAUUUAGCACUCAAUGAAUUUAUGAAACUAUUAAACGAUGACAGAUAUAGAGAUAAUGUGGCGGCAAUUCUGGGGGUCGCCACAGCUUUCAUGAUAAUAAAGCAAACACCAAAAGCCAGGAAUCACUUGAAAAGAGUGGCUAAAAAUAGUUGGAAUUUUCAAGAAGCGGAAUAUCUGGAGAAAUGUUGGCUCCUGUUGGCUGACAUCUACACCCAAUCGGGUAAAUACGAUAUGGCUAUUGAACUCCUGAAGAAAGUGUUGCUCUAUAAUAAAUCAUGUAUGAAAGCGUAUGAAUACUUGGGUUACAUAAUGGAAAAGGAGCAGAGCUAUAGGGAUGCCGCACAGAAUUACGACCUGGCCUGGAAGUUCACCAAUUGCAAUAACCCCAGCAUUGGCUACAAACUGGCCUUCAACUACAUGAAAGCCAAGCGACACGUCGACGCCAUCGACGUCUGCAAAGAGAUUUUGACCAAAUUUCCCGAUUAUCCUAAAGUGAGGAAAGAGAUUCUCGACAAAUGCAGGAAUUCACUCAAAAUGUGA